UAAUAAAAUCGCAUUGAUUCCUAAAUUUCAGUCCACACACGAAGCAUUUCCAACUUCACCUUUCUGAUUCUCACUGAUCUCCGAGCCGCCACCGUCCCCGAUACCCUUCCUCUUCUUCUCUUCAGCCAUGGCUGGUUCUUCUCACGCUAGACUCCUUGGCCCUGCUUCCGACUGCCGUUCCUGUCCCGAUCUCGCUGUUGCAGGUCGUUUUCGAGGGCACAGCUACAGCCGAUUUACUCAUGAAGCCAAAUCGGUGAAGGCGACGGUGGCGUCUUACGCCUUGUCUUCUUCCCGGAUUUUCAAGUUUCCGCCCAAUUUCGUCAGGCAACUCAGUACCAAGGCGCGUAGGAACUGCAGUAAUAUUGGCGUUGCACAGGUUGUCGCGGCUUCGUGGUCGAACAACUCCUCUCCUUUUCAAUCGGCGGCGGCGGCGUCGGCUAAUGCCGUUGACGCCGCUGCCGCUGCCGCAGUGCCUGCCACUUCUGAUGCGGCGGCGUUGGAAGGUAGCGUUGGUACUGAGAGUUUGAAGGUAGAGGAGGGUUUAGGUGAUUCCAGAACCUCUGUCUUCGAUUGCGAUGGGAGUGUUGCAAUCCACGCUGGCGAAAGAUUCGGUCGUGGUAGAGUUGACGACGCUAUUACUACGCCGGUGGUUAACACUUCCGCUUAUUUCUUUAAAAAAACUGCUGAUCUCCUUGAUUUCAAGGUACUUACUUGGAUUCCAUGUUGAUUCAA